AACCUGCCCAGUCACGUGUUCCAGUGUGUCAUGUGAUAAUUGAAUUUUAAAUCGAAAAUAUAAAAAGAUCUCUGUACAGUGUUUGCUUUGUGCUCUUUGACUGUUUCAGGGACCGCAUUAAAGAGAACACUCGUUUGAGCGCUUGGCCCAGUCGUAACGAGGUUGACAGAUGAGUAUGCAGUACAGCGCUCCUUGUUGAUAACAGCAUAACAUUUCCUGUUUCCACCACAAGCUUUCUGCUAAACAUGACUGUGCAGAUGGGGGUCUUGAUUCUGGCUCUGCUGGGCCUCAGCACAGCACUGGUGUGCCCUGAUGGAGGCGUAUGUGAGGACAAAAACACCUGCUGCAAGAACACUGAGGGAGGAUACGGAUGCUGCCCACUGCCAAAUGCAGAGUGUUGUUCAGACCACCUCCACUGCUGCUUUGAGGGGACGCUGUGUGAUCUGGUCCAUCAGAAAUGUGUUAAUAAAACCGUCUCCCUUCCCUGGAUGAAACGAGUCCCGAUUAAACAGGCCCCACUUGUUCCUCAGCUCCAGCUCGUGGAGAGAGUAAAGGCAGUCAUUUGUCCGGACCAGGAGUCGGAGUGUCCAGACGGCACCACGUGUUGUCAGCUUCCUAACCACUCCUGGGGCUGCUGUCCAUUAGCCAAGGCGGUGUGUUGUGAUGAUAAGCGCCACUGUUGCCCAGAGGGAACACAGUGUGAUCUUGUUCACUCAAAGUGUGUGUCUCCCUUGCUGGACUCCUUCCCCAUGCUGGAGAAACUGCCUGCUAGAAGGAGGGAGAAUAAACCAGUUUCUUUCGUCGGUUCAGUGGCGUGUCCCGGCGGUCGAAGCAGCUGCCCUGAUAGCUACACAUGCUGCCUGUUGACCAGCGGAGACUACGGCUGCUGUCCAUACCCAGAGGCCACAUGCUGCAGCGAUCAUCUCCACUGUUGCCCCAGCAACGCAGUCUGUGACCUGGAGCAUCAGAUCUGCAGAUCUGGUGACACCCACGUGCCCCUGAUGAAGAAGAUCCCCGCUGUGCCCAACGACGUUGUGUGUCCAGACAAGAAAACGGCUUGUCCCGAUGAGACCACAUGCUGCCAGAUGACAAACGGCACAUACGGCUGCUGUCCUAUGCCCGAUGCCGUCUGUUGUUCAGAUCACAUCCACUGCUGCCCUGCAGGCACCCAGUGCGAUCUGCAACACAGCACCUGUGUGUCGGCCGUGCAGGGAGACGUGGAGAUGAUUACUGCUGUGGCAAGACAGGAGUCCACAGAGAGGAAAGUCCACGCUGUUCCCUGCAACGACUCGGUGGCCUGCGCUGACGGAAACACCUGCUGUAAAUCACCAGGAGGACAAUGGGCCUGCUGUCCUUUACCGAAGGCCGUGUGUUGUCAGGACAAGCUGCACUGCUGCCCCCAUGGCACCAUCUGUAACCUGGCAGCCUCCACAUGUGACAGCACCACAGGCAACGCCAUGAUGCCCUGGCUGGACAAGGUGCCGGUCUUCCCCUUACUGACUGACAACAACAAGUGUGACGAGUCCACGUCAUGUCCUGGAACGACCACCUGCUGCAAGACGCAAACAGGACAGUGGGCCUGCUGCCCUCUACCUCAGGCCGUUUGCUGUGAGGACCACAUACACUGCUGCCCUCAAGACACCGUCUGCAACCUGGAAGCAGGGACUUGUGAUGACCCGUCCGGCGCCGCCCCGUCGCUGUCCUGGAUGGAAAAGUUGCCCGCUCAGACGUCGGAGGUGCAGUCUGUGAAAUGCGACCAGCAGACCAUGUGUCCAGGAGGCACCACCUGCUGUAAGAAGGACUCUGGGCAGUGGGCCUGCUGCCCCUUACCUCAGGCCGUGUGCUGCAGUGACCACGAGCACUGCUGCCCUAAGGGCUACAAGUGCAACGUGGCCGAGCAGACGUGCGACAAACCCGGCGAGCUGAGCGUUUCCUGGCUGCUGAAGACACCGGCCCUGCAGAGUGAGGCCGACCGGGCUGUUUCCGUUCCAGCUCGUGCAGCCAAGAACGCGUGCGACGCCCAGACCAGCUGCCCCAGAGAUACCACCUGCUGCUUCAUGGAAAAGUCCCAUAAGUGGGGCUGCUGCCCUCUGCCAAAGGCUGUCUGCUGUGAAGACGGGAACCACUGCUGCCCCAAUGGACACACCUGUGAGCCCCACCGCUCAUCCUGCUCCAGGGGUCCACACGUCAUUUCCUGGUUCGAGAAAGUGAGCGCUCUGACUGAGCCGGACGCCGUUACCGAUGUUAAGUGUGACAACAAGAGCAGCUGCGCUUCAGGGACGACCUGCUGCAAACUGCCGUCUGGAGAGUGGGGCUGCUGCCCCCUGGUCAAGGCCGUUUGCUGUGCCGACCACGAGCACUGUUGUCCUCAGGGCUACACCUGCAACAUGGAGACAAAAACCUGUGAGAAGAAGAUCUAUGACCUGUUCCUCCAGUCUCUCCCCCAGUUUAAAGUGGUGCAGUCCGAGGCGAAGAAAGCAGGGGAUGAGGCGGGUGUACUAUGUGACAGCGCGGGGGAGUUUCGCUGCUCCAAACAGGAAACCUGCUGUAAGAUCUCGGACUCCGAGUGGAGCUGCUGCCCUUCCCCGCGGGCCGUCUGCUGCCCUGACUUGAAGCACUGCUGUCCUGUUGGAUACUCAUGUGACCCGAAGGCCGGAGGUUGCUCCCUGGAGACACAGCCGACCUGGGACACUUUGUUUGGGAAGCAAAAGAAAGACUUUAUCCCUCAUAAACUUUAAUCCCGCCUGAGUCCUAUACACCGACCUACCUGCAGUCAGUCAGGAAGGUCUUUUCCCAUCAUCCUAGUUUUGAUUUCAUGGCAGCAUAUAUUCCCUGUGUUUUUUGCACUCCUGAGUGUUUUUGGUUUUAGGUAUGGAGCGUGCUGUAAUAUCUGGCGAUGAAGACGUUCGAAUGAGGAAGAAGCACUUUGCCGGAGGGUUGUCAGAUGACAUUACAGCCUCUUGUUCACGGUGCAGCAGACUUUAUAUGAUUUACAAAGAAAAAAAAGGAAAAAAAGAGAAACACUCCUCUGCAGCAGAUAACAUUGCAGCAGUGUUUCUCUUAAAGGAUAAUUCACGUUUAUUUCUAACGUCUGAAUUUCCCUUCAAAGUGAUCAUCAUCAUUGUAACUUUGUACUUGAGAUUCUGGGAAAUAAGUGUUGGUAAAAAGAAACAUGGCUGGUUGAAAUAAACCAGAAUUAUCCUUUAAAUCCAGGUGUUGCUUUAUGCUUUUUUUUUUAUUGUCAGCAAAUCCCAUGAAAAGACCAAAAUCGUCCAUCUGCUUCCCAAUGGAGAAAAGAAUAUUAUAAUUAUUAGAAUUUUAAUUGGCACAGAUUAAAUUACAUUGGUUUAAUUGGCUUCACAACACAAUAAAAUAUACACAGUUGACACACAAACAGUACAUUGUUGUAGGAUAAAAGCUGUGGGCUGAACUGCACAUUCCCACCUUUUCAUGAGAUUUGUUGACCGUAAGGAAAAAAAAAAAACAAACAAAGAAUAUGUCCAGGCACAUUAACCGGCCCACUCCACUCCUGUUUUUUGAUCACCAUCAUUUAUCAUGAGGGACGGCCCAGUUCUUCUUCUCUAUGGAAACAUGAAUGUACUUUCUGCCUUAUUGUGAACAAAUGAAUCCCCGGUGUCAGGCUGGACCACCACACAUUAGCCUCACGUGUACUCCGCGUUAUUUGAGUCAAGUGAUGGGCUCUCUCAAUUAAUUAAUCCCAAACUGACGUGAAAAUGGGUUCACUUUUUGCCGUAAUAAAAUUCGGCUGUGACGUUAAAAAAAAAAAGUUUAAAAAAAAAAUGCAUUUACUUUGUCACUUUUGACAAGAUGAUCUCAAUAUGUUGUGUUUGCAUCUUUAUGUCUCUGAUGAGUGUAGCGACACCAAGUGAUAAAACCUGAAUCUUGAUUUAGCUGUUAGCUUGUGCCUUCUUUAAUUUGGGGAAAAUUUAUUGAAAAGUCUUUUGUGUUUUGGACCGUUGGAGCAGAACAAGAAAUAAGAACCACAUCUGUCCCCUGUUAACGUGCAUCCAGUCUCAUCCAAUUACCAGCUUUAAGUAUGUGUGUUCACAGUUUUGUGCGCUGUACUUGAGGCUCAGUAGAAUAUUAUAAAAACUGUUGUUUCAGUACAGUGCAUCACCACCUACUGCUGUUUCAGAACCACAAACGGCCACAGGUGGUGUUUGUUGGCGCCGCGUGGGGUUAUGAAACAACCUGUGUAAAUUGCGUUUCAUCCAAGGAUAGCACACCGGUAUAAUCCUUCGUUACACUGAUGUUGAGAUGAUGCAUAUUUUCAAACAAGCUGUAAAUUCUCUCUCGGUGAAAGGGCACAUGUUCAGUUAUUAUUUAUAUAUUGACCUCUGACCUUAAUUUAGAGACAAAGCUCAGAUUAUAACUGAACUCUGGAAGCAUCUUUACUCCUACAAAGACAGAACAUUUCAAAAGGCUUUUAUUACUAAUGAACAAACAACACUUUUGUGGCUUGGUUCAUUUUUCUGAAUGAUCGAGGCUAAACUCCGCCUAUGCUCUUUAUUUGGUGGAUAUAUAUUUUUUUUUAUUUGUAGCUUUUAGGUUUUUAAUUGUAAUUUAAGGUUUUUAUGAAUUAAGAAAAUAAACUGUCUCAACAACUCAA